CCUGUCUGUCCCAGGGAGCUCCAGGAGCCCUGCUCGCUCUGUGUGGUGCCCGGCCGCCCACAGGGUUGCGUGGGGCAGCCUGGCUGGCUCACUGGAGGGGGUGGGUUUAUUUCUUUCUGCCAGAGCGGAUCCCCACUAGCUGGCUGGAUGUCCCUCUACCACUCUCUCCAUGAAUGGGACUGUUCCAUUGGGUGGAAACCUUGAAUGAAAACUAGGGAGGUUCCAGUCUGCUCUGCUCUUCCAGGAGAGAGGAGGAGAGGAAAGGAGAAGAGAGGAGAAGAGAGGCGAGAAGACUGGAGAGCGAGCACCAAUCUCGGCAGCUCUUGGCUGACCUGGUGCCCUCCUCACUCAGGACCCUCCAACCAGCCUCUCGUCUCCAGCGCUCCCAGGCUGCCUGAUUCCCCCAAUGGCCAGGUAAACAGAGAAGCUGAGUGGGCAAAGCUGCCCCCCUCCCAGCCGUGCCCCACCCCCGAGUUGAGAUUGCAGCCAGCAGCCUCUCACUCCCCAGCUUGCCUGUUCAGAUCACAACAGCAGGGGUAAGCAGCGGCGGCGGCAGCUGUUCUCACUCACUCCAGCUCGAAUUCAGCUUCCGAGAUGCCAGAGCAGAGCAACGACUACCGUGUGGUGGUGUUUGGGGCAGCCGGAGUCGGAAAGAGUUCCCUGGUCCUGAGGUUUGUCCGGGGCACUUUCCGGGAAACCUACGUGCCGACCAUCGAAGACACCUACCGCCAAGUGAUCUGCUGCGAGAAGAGCGUCUGCACCCUCCAGAUCACCGACACAACAGGUAGUCACCAGUUCCCAGCCAUGCAAAGGCUGUCCAUUUCCAAGGGUCACGCCUUCAUCCUGGUGUACUCGGUCACCAGCAAGCAGUCCCUGGAAGACCUGCUGCCCAUCUACGAGCAGAUCCGCCAGAUCAAAGGCGACGUGCAGAAGGUCCCCAUCAUGCUCGUGGGCAACAAAACCGACGAGGACCAGCGGGAGCUGCAGGCCAGCGAGGGGGAGGCUCUGGCCAACAAGUGGAAUUGCUCCUUCAUGGAGACCUCGGCCAAGAACAACUCCAACGUUCAGGAGCUCUUCGAGGAGCUGCUCAACCUGGAGAAGAGGAGACCUGUGUGCCUACAGGUGGACGGGAAGAAAGCCAAGCAGCCCACUAGAACCGACCGGCUGAGAGGCAAGUGCUGUCUUAUGUAAGCCCCAAGGGUCGCCCAGCAGGACCCUUCGCUUUCUCUGCAUGGUGUCUGGCUUAGGGGCAUGGACUACUCCCCCCUGUUGGAAAGGGUCACCCACAGCAUCACUGAUUUUUUUUUUUCAUGAGGAAUCUUAGCUCGUGGUUCAUGCUAUUUAAAAAAAAAUGGAUCCGAAAAAACGUCCUUUGGGGGAGGGGGGUGGGAGAAAAACCCAAAUGUGACCAAGACAUUCAACAUUUACUGGAGGGGGAGGGACUAAUGACUCUAUUGACUUUACACACAAAAAAAAAAAAAGAAAAAGAAAAACAAGAAACAAGACAAAUCCGGCGGCAUCCAGCAUUCACUGUGUCGAAGUAUUCUGAACUUUGAAGAAAAUAUUUGCCAAAACCCCCAAAUUUGAAUCCCCAGGCCAGGACGUGUUUUGAAUAAUGUCAUAACCCCCCUUUUUAUAAUACCACGAGUCAUAUUGCUUUUUAGCAUUUGGGAUUGCUUGACCAAGAACCCCUAACUUGCCUAUGCUGUAAAUACUUUAAGAACCCCAUCUUCAGAAUUCACCUUGAAUCAAUUUGCUGUUGAGUCUGGAAGACCUAAUUCAGAAGCCCGGGAAGCUGUGCUGUCUCGACUGGUAGAUUCAGGGGUGGAGAGGAAGAUACUCGCUUACCAAAGAUGUGCUUAGAUGUCUCAGAAAUAAAGUUCCAAUCGUGUGUGUCUGUGUGUGUGUGCUUGUGUGUCCGUGUGUGUCGCUCAGCAGCUACGGAGGCAUGUGGCCGUGAUUUAGGAAUAA